UUAAUUCAUCUCACACUUAACACCUACUAGCAGCCGCUAAAGUCUUAAUUUUUGUUCUUCAUAGAUAUUGAUUCUGAAAACAGCCAAACAGGCCAAACUUUACAGUGAUAUAUACCCAUUUCAAUUCUAAAAAUACCCAUUUCAAUCCAUGUAUCAUAGACCAAUAAUUAUUAGACAAAUGAAAGUUUUUGAUAGGUUUAAAAUUGUAGUCAUUUUUAAUGAUUGAGCUUUGAGAUUAUAUCACUCUUUUUUUUUUGUAUGAUGAUGCAGGAGUGAAAAUUGUUGUGUAUUAGUUGAAUAAAGAAAAUUUGCACACUGUUCUCUCAUGGAGGCGAGUUUACAAUUGCAGAGAUUUUCCAGUUAUGGUUGCUUCAAAAUCGAACCAUUUUUGGAUUCCUUUCCUUCUGUUAAAACUACACAGUUUACCCCAUGGCGUAGCAAGUGCUCUGUCAUUUGUCUUUCACAUAGAGUUACUGCUAGUGCUGCUGAUUUUUCCAAGAGGAGACAAAGAAGGUUGUCUAAAGGUGCAACUCCAAAGGGUUUCACUUCGAAAUCACGAAUGAGUACUCAGAAGAGAAAACAACAAAAGAAUAAUGAACAGAAAGAGGAUUCUAGCAUUCCCAAGUUGAGUGAGUUUGUAGAGCCAAAUAAUAGGGAAAUUGAAUUGAAAGUAGAUGAAGUUGAAAAUAAAGAAGAAAAAGAGGAUUUAUCAUCAAUUGGAAAAGAGUUAGAUAUUCGCUUAAGCAACCAUAAUGUUGUAAAUGGAAAUGGAAAUGGAAUGAUUCUUGGAGAUGUUGUCGGGUUGGAGAAGAAAGAGAUAAGUUCGGAAAAUGGCACUGCGAGUAUUGGGUUGGAGAAGAAAGAAAUAGGCUCGGAAAAUGGCACUGUGAGUACAUUAAGAGAUGUUGUCUCUGAAGGAAAGCAUAUAGAUGAUACAAAAACUGGUGAAAUUGUUACUGUCGAGGUUGAAAGUGUUGAGGUUGAUGAAAAAACUGUUCAAGAUAAGUCUCUACAGCUGAAGUUGGAGAUGGAAACUAAUUUGCGUAAGCAGGAAAUUGAGGGGCUUGCAGAUGAAAAUUUCUUAAGAGGAGACAAGUUUUUUGUUUAUCCUCAAAUUAUAAAGCCCGAUGGAGAGAUAGAAGUGUUCUUUAAUAGGAGUUUGUCCAACUUGAAAAAUGAACCAGAUGUUCUAAUUAUGGGAUCUUUCAAUGACUGGCGAUGGAGAUCAUUUACUGUAAGGUUGAAUAAGACACAUCUCAAAGGGGAUUGGUGGUCUUGUUUGAUUCGUGUACCGAAGGAAGCUUACAAAAUGGAUUUUGUGUUCUUUAAUGGGCAGAAUGUUUAUGAAAAUAACGAUAAAAAUGAUUUCUGCAUAACUGUGGAGGGUGGAAUAGAUGUGUUUGCAUUUGAAGAUAUCUUGGUUGAGGAGAAGCGAAUGGAAUUAGAGAAAAUUGCGAAAGAGCAAGCUGAAAAGGAAAGACAAGAAGAAGAGCAAAGAAGAAUAGGAGUAGAGAAGGCAGCAAGUGAAGCAGAAAGAGCACAAGCAAGAAUUGAGAUUGAAAGGAGGCGAGAAAUAUUGCAACAAUUGAUGAAAAAGGCUGCACAAUCAUUUGAUAAUAUUUGGUUCAUCGAGCCUAAGGAAUUCAAAGGAGCAGAAAAGGUUAGGUUGUAUUAUAAUAAAAGUUCAAGCCAUCUUACUCAUGCCAAUGAGCUUUGGAUUCAUGGUGGUCAUAAUAAUUGGAACGAUGGAUUAACAAUUGCUGAAAAGCUUGUCAAAUCAGAGAAAGAGGGUGGUGAUUGGUGGUAUGCAGAAGUUGUUAUACCUGAUGGAGCCCUUGUGUUGGAUUGGGUCUUUGCCAAUGGACCACCUAAGGCUGCCACUAUCUAUGAUAACAAUAAUCGUCAAGACUUCCAUGCUAUUGUCCAGAAAAGCAUUCCUGAAGAGCAGUUCUGGGUUGAGGAGGAACACCGAAUAUUUGAGAAGCUUCAAAAGGACAGGAAACUAAGAGAGGAGGCCAUUCAUGCAAAGGCUGAAAAAACAACACAAAUGAAAGGUGAAAUGAAGGAAAGAACUUUGAAGAGGUUUCUGCUUUCUCAAAAGAAUGUAGUUUAUACCGAGCCACUUGAUAUUCACGCAGGAAGCAUGGUGACGAUUUUUUAUAAUCCUGCUAACACUGUCCUCAAUGGAAAACCAGAAGUAUGGUUUAGAUGUUCAUUUAAUCGUUGGACUCACAGUAUGGGUCCAUUGCCACCUCAAAGAAUGUUGCCUGUAGAUAAUGGCUUUCAUGUAAAAGCUACUGUCAAGGUUCCAUUGGAUGCAUAUAUGAUGGACUUCGUAUUCUCUGAGAGGGAAGAUGGUGGAAUUUUUGACAACAAUGGUGGUACGGAUUACCAUAUACGUGUUGUUGGAGGAAUCGUGAAAGAGCCACCAAUGCACGUUGUGCAUAUUGCUGUUGAGAUGGCCCCUAUUGCAAAGGUUGGAGGCCUUGGAGAUAUCGUUACUAGUCUCUCCCGUGCUGUUCAAGAUCUGAACCACAAUGUGAAUAUCGUUUUUCCGAAAUAUGACUGCUUGAAAUUUGAACAUGUGACAGACUUUCAUUACCAAAGAUGUUAUUCUUGGGGUGGCACUGAAAUUGAAGUUUGGUUCGGUAAAGUGGAGGGGCUUUCAGUUUACUUUCUCGAUCCACAAAAUGGAUUCUUCUCGACAGGGUGUGUUUAUGGUCGCGGAAAUGAUGCACAGCGGUUUGGUUUCUUUUGCCAUGCUGCUCUCGAAUUUCUACAUCAAAGCGGAUUUCACCCUGAUAUCAUCCAUUGCCACGAUUGGUCUAGUGCCCCGGUUGCAUGGUUAUUGAAGGACCAUUAUAUGCAUUAUGAUGGUCUUAGCAAAUCUCGGGUUGUCUUCACCAUACACAACCUUGAAUUUGGAGCACACUUCAUUGCAAAAGCUAUGGUAUAUGCAGACAAAGCAACAACUGUAUCACACACAUAUUCGAAGGAAGUUGCUGGAAAUCCUGCAAUAGCUCCUCAUCUUCACAAGUUCCAUGGAAUAUUAAACGGAAUUGAUUUAGAUAUUUGGGAUCCUUUUAACGAUAAGUUCAUUCCUGUAUCUUACAAUUCGGAAAAUGUCAUCGAAGGCAAACAAGCCGCUAAGAAAGCCUUACAACAAAGGCUUGGUUUGAAAAAAUCUGAUCUUCCUUUGGUUGGAAUUAUUUCUCGUUUAACUCAUCAGAAAGGAAUCCAUCUCAUCAAGCAUGCAAUUUCACGCACCUUGGAACUCAAUGGACAGGUUGUAUUGCUUGGCUCGGCUCCAGAUCCUCGUAUCCAAAAUGAUUUUGUGAAUUUAGCCAAUCAACUACAUUCAUCUCAUGCAGAUCGUGCUCGUCUUUGUUUGAAUUAUGAUGAGCCUCUUUCUCACUUGAUAUAUGCUGGUUCUGAUUUCAUUCUAGUCCCAUCAAUUUUCGAGCCUUGUGGAUUGACACAACUUACAGCAAUGCGAUACGGUUCCAUACCAGUUGUUCGUAAAACAGGAGGACUAUAUGACACUGUAUUUGAUGUUGAUAACGAUAAAGCUAGAGCAGAAGCACAAGGUCUUGAACCCAACGGAUUUAAUUUCGAUGGAGCCGAUGGUAGUGGAGUUGAUUAUGCCCUCAAUAGGGCGAUCACGGCUUGGUACGGUGCUCGGGAUUGGUUCAACUCAUUGUGCAAGACGGUGAUGGAGCAAGACUGGUCUUGGAACCGGCCUGCACUCGAGUAUAUCGAGCUUUACCAUGCGACUAAGAAAUACUAGAGCUUGUACAACACUGUAUGAUACCUUUAAGGGUUCAUCCCUUUCAAAACCUGCCUUUUCCUACCAUAGUUUUAUCUCUUAAAACAAUCUUAGCUCCAUUAUACUUUGCAAAAAUUAUGGAUUUAAUCCUUAUACUUUACUUCAACAUUUUUAA